ACCUGCUGUUGAAUAACUUUUCAUCAUCAAAUUCUUAAAUCAAACUUUAAGUGAAAAUCCAGCCAAAAAACAUGGAUUUUGAGUUGAGAAAUCUGAAGGACUUCCUCACACUGUACAACCAAGUAACGGAGCUGUGCUUUAAGUCCUGUGUGGACAACUUCUUCGGACGGGAUUUGAGUAGUGACGAGCUCCGCUGUACGGACAACUGCGUCGCAAAGUUCUCCAACGUCAACCAACGGCUGAUGAAAGUGUAUGUUGGCGUCCAAACCGACCUGAACCAACGGAGGAUGGUAGAGUUUGAGGCCCAACAGGCUAAACUGCAGGAAGCCCAGAAACAGCAAGAGCAGACUCAAGUGGCAGAACUAGCACCGACCGCUGAUGCAAGUUUGACGCUACCGGCCAGUGCGACCGAAUCACCGGCUGCAACGGACAGUGGGAAGUUGGAAACGACGGUAGUGGAUUCGGUGAUUUAAUUGGGUUGGUUUUUUUUUUUUAGGGUUAGGUUGAUUG